GAAACACACGCAAGGCGCGCACCCGUCGGCCCAAGCAAGCUCUCACAUAACACCGAGAGGCUCUCACUGGGGCAUGGAAGACACGCAGCCUUCGUUUUGUGAUUUACAAAUUCUACCGAAAACACCCUUUGGCUAAGGCUUGAUGGGUCACUCUAGAGCGGAGGGCCCGGCGCGUUGUACCGGGCUGGGAGCCGGGCUAUUUCCUAGGAGGAAAGUAUUUUUAUGGGACCUGCUCUUCACAAUGCACAGGUUUUGAAACCGAAUAUUGUCACUGUAUAAACAUACGUCAACAAAAUGAGUGUCCAAGGGAAAGGUUUCCCUUUGGACCUAGGGGGAAGCUUUACUGAAGAUGCACCAAGACCACCUGUUCCUGGAGAGGAGGGAGAAUUUGUUACUGUGGAUCCUAAGCCGUUCAGCAACAGUUACUACUCUGGAAAAAGUGAUGGGAUUAAAAAUGAGACCUCUACGGCAACACCUAGAAGACCAGACCUUGACUUGGGAUAUGAGCCAGAAGGUAGUGCUUCCCCAACACCCCCAUACUUAAAAUGGGCCGAAUCAUUACACUCCUUGUUGGAUGAUCAGGAUGGGAUUAACUUGUUAAGAACUUUUUUGAAGCAGGAAAAUUGUGCCGAUCUUCUUGAUUUCUGGUUCGCUUGCAGUGGUUUUAGAAAACGGGAAGGAAAUGACUUUAAUGAGGAUAAAAGGCUAAAACUGGCAAAAGCGAUAUAUAAAAAAUAUAUUCUUGAUAAUAAUGGAAUUGUUUCACGUCAGAUCAAACCAGCAACUAAAAGUUUUAUAAAAGAUUGUGUGUUAAAGCAGCAGAUAGACCCAGCUAUGUUUGACCAGGCUCAGAUGGAAAUUCAGUCCAUGAUGGAGGACAAUACAUAUCCAGUGUUCCUUAAAUCUGAUAUAUAUUUAGAAUACACUACUAUAGGUGGGGAAAGCCCCAAGGUUUAUAGUGAUCACAGCUCAGGAUCUGGAACAGGGAAAGCUGCCCCUGGAUAUUUACCUACCGUUAAUGAAGAUGAGGAAUGGAAAUGUGACCAAGGAGAUGACGAUGAUGGAGAAUCUGCACCCUCUAAUAGGCUUACCAAGCAGUUAAUUUUAGAAACUGCAUCUCAUCGUGCAGCACCCACUAGAAAAUUAAGCGAUGGUAGAGAAUUCAGGCCUAGCACAUGGAGAGAACCGGUUAACCCUUACUACGUCAAUACUGGCUAUGCUUUAGCACCUGCCACAAGUGCCAAUGAUAGUGAGCAACAGAGUAUGUCAAGUGAUGCCGAUACUAUGUCAUUGACGGACAGUAGUGUAUAUUUGAUGCAUUUUUUUUUAUGGUAUACAUUUUCUUACAGUUCUUCAACUAGCAAGAAGCAAACUGCACAUGAUGUGUCCAGGCCACUUUCUAUUGAGAGGCCAGGUGCAGUCCAUCCUUGGGUCACUGCUCAACUGCGCAAUGUUGUACAACCCUCGCAUCCUUUUAUCCAAGACCCCACAAUGCCUCCUAAUCCAGCCCCUAAUCCACUGACACAGCUGGAAGAAGCUCGUCGACGCCUUGAAGAGGAGGAGAAAAGAGCUGGAAAAGUACCCCAGAAGCAAAGGUAUGUUCAAGAGGUUAUCCAACGAGGUCGCGCCUCUGUCAGGCCAGCUUAUAUUCCACUGCUGAAUGUGGUACCAGCUGUCUCCGACAUGGAUCUCUCAGAGUCAGAGUUAAAACUACAGAAAAAAACUGGAAGUGCUACUCCACAACCUUGUGACAACAUUGUAGUGGCAUACUACUUUUGUGGAGAACCAAUACCCUACAGAACAAUGGUUAAAGGUCGAGUGGUUACCCUUGGACAGUUUAAAGAACUGCUUACUAAGAAAGGCAACUAUAGGUAUUACUUCAAGAAAGUGAGUGAUGAAUUCGACUGUGGUGUGGUAUUUGAGGAGGUGCGAGAGGAUGAUACUGUUUUACCCAUUUAUGAAGAGAAAAUCAUUGGCAAAGUUGAAAAAAUUGAUUAAAACCAUCGCCUUGAGGUUUGCGUAAUAACAGAAGGCCUAUGAAAGACUAUAAUGGAUUAAAUAUGUGCUGAAAACAUCACAUAAUCUCUCAACAGUCUCAUGCUGUAAUACUUGGGGUACAUGUUUUAAAAUGUAAAUCGCCACAGAAACCAGACUAACUACAGAUGUUAGUGACUGGUCAAUGGAACCUGCCAGUGGCGAUUUUCAGAUUCUGCUGUACUCGGAGUAAUAAAUGUAAUGUAGCAGUGUACAGUUAAGUUAGAUAUUGUAAUAGAACCUUGUUUAUAAAAGCUGCAUAUUUUUAUACAUUAUAAUAAAAUGGAAAGAAUUUCCAAUGUCACAGUGCUCUUAUGUAAAUGUUAAACAAUUAAGGUGCUGAAGUCACCAAAUGCGUCCAUCAUUUAUUAUGCAUUUAAUUUCUCUCUUUCUUAACUUUAAAAUAUUUACCACAAUUUAAUUUAUUUAAUUGCAAAAUCUGGUCAGCUCUGUAUAGUCUAUUUUUUUUUCAUUAUUGUUUUUUUCCUUUGUAUCUUAAGAGAUGCAGUUGCCAUAGUUCCGAGUGUAAGCACACUUUGACCUUAUGCAGGUAUCACUUAAUAUAAUAUAUACCUAAUUUUAUUGUUUUCGUAAUAGAGGGCUCUCUUGUGCACUGCAUUUGUUUUGAAGAGAAAAAAAUUUAUAUGUGUUUCCUGUUAUUUACUUUAUGUUCUAGACUGGCUUGCCAUGCCUUUUUGUGAUAAUUUAAAAUAAACUAUUUCAGCUUUACAUACAAAUUAAGCAGGGCAUAGAAUUGCAGGUACUUUGUGUUUUGGUAAAAUUAAAAGAUUAUUUUAGGCUGAACCUUAACAGGACAUGAAACUGAUGCCGCCUCCCUUUUUUAAAAAUUAUUAUUAAAUUAUGAUUGGUUCUUGCAUGUUAUUAAGGCUGGGGAAGAGAGCACACAGUUGAUUCUCUCCCUCAUUGUAAUGGCUUAAGACGGGGGAACCUUGGCCCUCCUGAUUUUUCAGAACUACAUUACCCAUGAUGCUUAAAGUGAAGGUAAAGUUACCUUGACGCUGAUCCCAAAUAUAAUUCUUUGUUCAAAAUUAAUAUGAGUUUCAUCCAUUAUUUAUUUUUUUUAAAUGUAUUGUAAAUCCAGUAAUCGCCGUUUAAAUUCCCUUUUUGCCGGUCCGCAAAUUCAACCCUUUUUUUUUUUUUUUUUUAUCUGUCUUGGUCACGUUUUUAGAUCAUCCAGUUGAAAAUCUGGCCGUUAGGCGGCCAUGACCCCACGUCAUCCGCCUACUUGAUGAUCUGCGCAUGCGCUACAAUCUAAUUCAGCAUCUGUGAAUACAGGAGCGUUCCCGUUUUGCGCAUGCAUACUUGUUUUAUUUAGGAAUCCACAUACAAUUUACACGUAUCACAUGCACAGUGGUGAUUGAAAUCCCCGAUUCGCGCAUGCACACUUAGACUGUUCAUCGUGAACACGCUUCUGAGAUUACGUAUAGAGCGGGUAGGACCGCUCUAUACGUCACCGCACAUAACAUCAGGAAAUAGAGGUUGGGAGGAGUUAUCGUCGAAACGGUAGGGAAAUAUAUAGCUAUAAAAAAAUCUAAAUAAAAAAAAAAAUCUAUAAAAUAAAGUUAGCGAUUUGCUUAUGGUAUGAUGAAAUAAUGCAUUGAUAUCUUUGGAUUUACUAAACAUUACCUUCACUUUAAGCACUCCAAAGUCCAGUUGAGCAUCAUGGGAAAUGUAGUUCUGAAACUUCAGGAGGGCCAAGGUACCCCAUCCCUGGAGAGAUGAAGUCUCUAACUGGCUGUAUUUCUUCUGCCUUUUUAUAAAAAAAAAAAAAAAAGUGAGAGAAUAGAAGUGUUGAUUGGCUGUCUGGAGGCUGCAAAAGAGGUACUUUUAACUAAUUAUUUUUAUCAUACAAAAAAUAUACAUUUUUAAGGAUAGUUUUAAUUAUUGGCGAACAAAAUAUAUAUUGUGCAUCCGUUUUAUUUCCCAUUAAAGGAAUAGUCUCUUUUAUCUUUAUUUGAAAAAGCAAGAAUAUAAGCAUAGGAGUCGGGCCAUUUUUGGUUCAGAACCUUGUUAGCGCUGUCUGAUUGGUGUCUAAAUGUAUACACCAAUCAGAAAGCGCUACCCAGGUGCUGAACCAAAAAUGGGCCGGCUCCUAAGCUUACAUUCAGAUAAAGAUAGCAAGAGAACGAAUAAAAAUUGAUAAUAGGAUUAAAUUACAAAGUUGCUUAAAAUUGCAAGCUCUAUCUGGAUCAUGAAAGUUUAAUUUUGACUUGACCAUCCCUUUAAAUGGAAGUAUUAGUCCUCCCCUUUUUCUUGUGAUAUUCUUCAUGAUAAGGACAUUUUUUACAUACAUUUUAUUGUAUUUCUGGAAGUCCCCUAAGAAAAUAUUUUCCUUUAUGGCAUUUUACUCUGUAUGCUUUGAAUUUGCAGAUUUGGAUAAACAGUAUGUUCUUAUUGUUGUUGGUUUUUGUUGAGCAAAUCUUCCAUCAAAUUUAAUUUAUUUGAAGCAUCUUGAUUCCUUUCCUGUAUUUGUGGCUUGUUAACAUCUAACUAUUUUCCAUGUUCAGAUAUAUUUGAUUUAGGAUAUAGCAGUGCAAUUUGAAAUCUAUGCUGGCACUUGACAGUGGAGUAAGGCAACUCAUGUAUUUUGUUAGGAUGCAUUAAUUGUACUAUUUUAUAAUUGUAUGUUAAUUCACAAAAUAAAGUACUGUAAAUAUUGGUAUUUAAGUUUGCAACAUGCCGAUAUAAGUUGUUGUUUUUAUAGGUAAAGAUUCCUUUUUUGGUUGUCUAAUUCAUUAAAUGUAAUAUAUAAUUUUUAUUUAAAACACCAAAGCACUUAAAUGUGUAAAACUUUUGGGUGUCUGCUGCAAGUGAACAUUUUAUACUACAAAAUGCCUUUUGUGGAAUUGGCCCAUUCAUUUUUUUUUUAGCUUUGCCCAAAAUAUAAUUGGGUUCUCAACAUAUUCCUUACAGUAAGCUUUAAUCUUUUGAUAGAUGGUUAGCUAUAAAAUGAUAUAUAUUGGUAACAAGAUGCAAAUGUUUAAUGCCGUCUUACAUUCUAUAUGAUUGUUAAAUAUUGUCAUACUGCGUUCGUAUUUAUUAUAAAAGAAAAAAGCUUGUAUUCUUUCUAUUGUAUUUACUGCAAUAAUCUUUUCUCAAUCAAAUAUAACUAUAUACAGCCACAAUACUCAAGUUGCUAUCUCUGACUAUAACAGUUUGCCCACACGGCACCGGAGUACUGUAAAACCAAGCCUAUAGAGUAUAACAAUUUGGUAAAACAGGACUAUGUAUAGCAUAUAGUUCCAGAAUAAAAAUAUUGUAAACUAA